GACGCCGCGGCCGCCGCGGAGCUGGGGAUUAAUGGGAAAAGUUUUGGCAGGAGGUGGAGGAUUCUGCGGAGCUUGCGGGACGCCGGCUGUGGCGCGGGAGGCAGCCAGGACAGAGUGUUGCGUGGUGAUUGGGGCAUGCACGUGGUACUCUCACAGUGGCUUCUGCUUACCGACAGAUGAAGACGGACGUCUGUAAAGGCUGACAGGAACUGCCCUGUGAGGUCCAUCUGUGCUCAGACCCAGAUGAUGCCAGAGCUAUGACCAGGCCUGCAGGUGUGGCGCCGAGCGGAGAUCAGCCAUGGAGCAGCCACAGGAGGAGGCCCCUGAGGUCCGGGAAGAGGAGGAGAAAGAGGAAGUGGCACAGGCCGAAGGAGCCCCACAGCUCAAUGGAGGACCAGAGCAAGCACUUCCUUCCAGCAGCUACACAGACCUCUCCCGGAGCUCCUCCCCACCCUCACUGCUGGACCAGUUGCAGAUGGGCUGUGAUGGGGCCUCGGGCGGCAGCCUCAACAUGGAGUGCCGGGUGUGCGGGGACAAGGCUUCAGGCUUUCACUAUGGUGUCCAUGCCUGUGAGGGGUGCAAGGGCUUCUUUCGCCGCACUAUCCGCAUGAAGCUGGAAUACGAGAAAUGCGAGCGAAGCUGCAAGAUCCAGAAGAAGAACCGCAACAAGUGCCAGUACUGCCGCUUCCAGAAGUGCCUGGCACUGGGCAUGUCACACAACGCCAUCCGCUUUGGCCGGAUGCCAGAGGCUGAGAAGAGGAAGCUGGUGGCAGGGCUGACCGCCAGCGAGGGGCACCAGCAAAACCCACAAUUGGCCGACCUAAAGGCCUUCUCCAAGCACAUCUACAAUGCCUACCUGAAAAACUUCAAUAUGACCAAAAAGAAGGCCCGCAGCAUCCUCACUGGCAAGUCCAGCCACACAGCGCCCUUUGUGAUCCACGACAUCGAGACGUUGUGGCAGGCAGAGAAGGGCCUGGUGUGGAAGCAGCUGGUGAACGGCCUGCCACCGCCCUACAAGGAGAUCAGCGUGCACGUCUUCUACCGCUGCCAGUGCACCACGGUGGAGACAGUGCGGGAGCUCACCGAGUUCGCCAAGAACAUCCCCAGCUUCAGCAACCUCUUCCUCAACGACCAGGUGACCCUUCUCAAGUACGGUGUGCAUGAGGCCAUCUUUGCUAUGCUGGCCUCCAUCGUCAACAAAGACGGGCUGCUGGUGGCCAAUGGCAGUGGCUUUGUCACCCAUGAGUUCCUGCGCAGCCUCCGAAAGCCAUUCAUUGACAUCAUUGAGCCCAAGUUUGAGUUUGCUGUCAAGUUCAAUGCCCUGGAACUUGACGACAGUGACCUGGCUCUCUUCAUUGCAGCCAUCAUUCUGUGCGGAGACCGGCCAGGCCUCGUGAAUGUGCCACAGGUGGAGGCCAUCCAGGACACCAUCCUUCGUGCCCUUGAGUUCCACCUGCAGGCUAACCACCCCGAUAGCCAGUACCUCUUCCCCAAGCUGCUGCAGAAGAUGGCUGAUCUGCGGCAGCUGGUCACUGAGCACGCCCAGAUGAUGCAGUGGUUAAAGAAAACUGAGACUGAGACCUUGCUGCACCCCCUGCUCCAGGAAAUCUACAAGGACAUGUACUAAGGCUGCCAGGCCUCUUGCAGGCUCCAGAGGGGCCCAGCCACAGGACUGUUCUGCAGGCCAACCGACGAGCACUCAGCAUAGCCCAUGGGUCACACUCUUGCACUCCCAGACACACGUGGCCUGGCUCCUAUGUUCCCUUCCUUCCACCCCAUUGCUACCCAGGCUCGUUCUCGCUUAUCUGUGUUGUCUUCCCUCUUUCUCAGUCUCAUCUUCCCAGUGCCUCCUGGUUUUCUGUUGCCUUGCCUUCUGUGUGUCUUCCACCUCUCUGCCCCUCUCCCCGUCCCUAUGUCUGUCCCCUUUCCCCUCUGUGAGACAGUCAAUACUGUCUCACCAGCAGCCUAGAACAGGAUCUUUGCCUUUGUCUGGCCUUUCCCCAGGAGCAGACUUCACCCUCCUUGCUCUGACCUGUGGGCCUAGGGCCUUGCUUCUGUCUUCUGUCUUCACAUGAAAGGCUUGGGCCAUCCAAAGAAACACUACACUCUCUGGGCCUGCUUCCUGGGUCCAAAGAAACACUAUAUUCUCUGAGCCUGGUUUCCUGGGGAGCUUUGCCUGGAUGGACUGCAACAGUGGCCUGUGGUCACAGGGUCCCUGCUAUGGAGGACAGUGGGCAGGGGGCCUCGGUGGAGGCCACACACCUCCCUCAGACUCUCCUCCGCCCAAGGUCAGUCCAACAGCCAACCCCACUCCAGCAAGCCCAGCCUUAUACACCUGACUUCCUCCAUUCUUCAAGCCAGUCUUCUAGGCUGGCCAGGAGGGAGGCAAGUUUCCCACCAGGUGGGGCCCAUACCCCUCACUAAAGAGGAAGGAAAUAGAAGUUGGUUUGAGGGAACAGCACCCAUAAUUCUGACCCCUGGACUCAGGUCUGAGUCUCAGGGUUAGAGGUCAGGGAGAGUGUGGGGCAGGCCCUCCAUCAGCACUCCAUGUCCCCCUCCCAGUAGCAGUGCCAUUUCCCGCCAGGAGGUGCUUCACCACCCUCACCCCAGUGGCUAACCCCUGCACCUGCCCCGCCCUCCCAAGGCCAGGAGUGGAUGGAGCUGUGCCUGCCCCCAGCCUGGUGAUUUCUCAGUGGGCAGGGGUGUUCUGCCAGUCAGACAGCACCAGCCUGGUACCUUCACUUUACUGUUUUCUUCCCAGUUGAUCACCUGGAAUUCCCCCUGCACAGCCUGUGGGGACCUUGACCCUGGCCCCUUCCCUCCUGCCCAGCAACCAGGUGGAGGUGGAAGGUGUGUUCACCUCAGAGGAGGGGCUGACCAGCCUGGAGCCUCAUGAAGAGCAGGAGGCUCAGAGCAGCCCUUGCCUAUAGGGUCUCAAAGCCAGGUGGAGUCUGGUGCUGGUGGCUCACACCUGUAAUCCUAGCUACUCAGGAGGCAGAGAUCAAGAGGAUCAUGGUUCAAAGCCAGC